AUGGCGACGAUCAAGUCGGUGCCUCUGAAUAGCAUUGCCAAUGACAGCAGACAGGCAAACAACGGCCCCGAAAAACGAACGAUUCUCAUUUGGCGGAGCUGGGCAGAACAGGGGUGCCAUGUUUGCUUGCGCCGUCUACCGCAGCACGUAGAGAACACGCAGCUUCCGAUGGAUUUCAAACGUGGCCAACAAGCAAACGGAGGACAGCGGGCCAGGGAUCAGUUCAUAGCGACGGUGACAUGUCUGGUGCAGAAACUGGUGGUCCAGAAUGCCCAGAUUCUCGGCUGUGGCUUCGACGCCAGAGUCGCAGUCUUCAGGCGGGGACCUGACGGGAAGCUUGGGGCAAGCCGCAAGAGCAGCUCGACGUUGAACGGGGGUGGGAAGGCAAGGAGGGGUGAGGUUCCCGAAUGUAACCACUUCCUACCAUGGGUGGAAGAGGACGGACGAUUUGACGGUACGUACCUGCCAAGCCUUAGUCAAGUGCAGGGCAUGUCGCAGGCCGCAGGCCGCACCGCAGGGUGUGGUAUCCAACUUCACAAGUUCACUUCAUUUUCAACUCAACACCCCUCCAUCCAUACCUGCGGAGGACUCCAUCCUCCAUCCCAUGGUACGGAUACCAAUGGCACGUCCCUGUUCUCCUCCUUCUCCCUUGCCGUCAGUCCCGCCCGCCUGCACGAAAAAUUGAGAAUCCAGUGGCUAGGGAAUCCCUGUUCCAUAGUCCGGCCCUUUCUCGAGACUCGAGAGUCUCACUUGGUCUUGAAUGUCUUGAAUGUCUCUCUCAUGGCUGCCAAGUAUUGGAAGCAAGUCUCCGUUUCUCACACUCACCUCACUCCUGCAUCCGUAUCUCAGCUUGACCAGUCUGCUGUGUCUUGCCCAAACUCCAUGUAUUCGAACCGGCCCGGUAGCUUGAGCCUCACUGGCAAGACCCUCGUCGUCAUUACCUUCAAGAUCGACCUCAGCUCGAUAUCACCCUACCACUACGAUACCUUGUUUACGCACCAAGACCUACACCUUCCACCCGCCUCACUCUGCAAAAGUGUACCUGGCAUGGUACCGAUGACCAGCUCCCACAUUGGCUACCUCCAUCUUUCCGCCAUCGUGAUCGCUAUCAUGAGAUCUGGUCCUUCCUCUGCCGCCAUCCCCUGCUUCGCCUUGCCUUCCGGCUGCAAUAUCGACCUCCCGGCGAUCCUAGCCUCUCAUGAAAAAGAAAGAAUGGCGCCCAUUUGGGCAGAUCUGGUCUACACCCAAGCCGCAUGUCGCCAUGCUGCACGCCACAGCGACCUGGCCGAGGACAAGGGACUGUCUUUAUUUGAGAUUCCCACAUUAUGCUUGUUUCACUCUCUCACCAUUCGCCUGCCUAUCCUUAACCGCAGACAAACUCGUCUUUACCAGAAUUCUGUUCCGAGGUUCAUUCUGUUCCUCGAUCGGCCAGCCGUUGUUCCUACUUUCGCCUCUAAGAGAACUUCAACGCUGCUCAUCGCAGGCGCCUCCAUCAUCUAUGAGGGGAGACUAUCAGUUGCAGGGUAUGGGCGCCCCUCCCCCUCCCCUCCUGUACUUGGCCACCCUGUACAGCAAGAGCAAGGUCUCGUCCUCGUCCGCGUCGACCGGGUCGUGGCCCGCUUAGUCGCUACCCCGGCUUUUAUGGAAGUCCUCCGUGUUGCUCGUCGUGUCGAUUGGCUUCCAGGAUUCAACCCCGGCCGCACAUCCGCUAUCCCCUCCCGCACUUUAUACCACGAGUCCAUUCUUGACUCUGUCCCGAAACUACAUCUACCCGCCUCCAUCCUCCUUUCUUUCUCGACUUGUUGCCACGAGAGAUCACAAACACUCAACUUCCCCCCAAGCAACACAAGGCAGGAGUCGAUCAACUUUGGCAUUGACUUACCCAUCACCUCGUGCUGA